CAAAUUUUUACUUGUGGUGAUUUUUUUGUAAACACCGGUCAAUGAGUAGUGCACCCAUCUAAGGCAAAACACCUUUUUAUUCAAUAAAAUGGUUAAGAUUUCGGAAAACGAAUUCGAUCGGCAGUUAGAAAUACUUGAAACUCAAUUUCUGUGUUGUAAGCCGAUCGAACAGAUUGACUGGAUGGAUACUCUGCAUCCAGACAACAUGUCACUAGUUUAUCAAAGCAAACUAAUCUCAAGAACACUAAACUCCGCCGAGUUUAAAUGCAGAAAAACCAAAUUGUCACAUCGUUUACGCUUCCUUCGACACAUAAUCGACGCAUUAGAACGACAAAAUGCUGACAUCGAAGACAGUCUCUAUGAGAUCUACACCAGUCUGUUGCAAAAUUCCGACAACGAGAAGGAUUUUUGUAAAAUUUUCAAACUGAUCGCAUUCCAUACAUCGAUCUGCCUACCGCAUUCCGACGAAAUAAUUAAGCAUGGAAGUACGGGAUUUUUUACGUGGGAAGCCAGUUGUGCACUAUCCGAAUGGGCUCUAGGGAAUGUUGACAAAUUUCGUGGAAAGAAGAUAUUGGAAUUGGGUUGUGGAACGGGACUUUGUGGCUUUGUGAUUCAUCGAACGUGCGAGCCAGAACACAUUUGCUUGACUGAUGGCAAUCAAAUGGUUUACGACGAAUUGAUAAAGACACGGAGCAUUAAUUACGGGGAUAGACCAGUUAAUGGUCUGGACGUUCAGUUACUGGAUUGGUAUAAAAUCAACGAAAGCCCGCUGGUUGAUUCAUUCAUCCCCGAUGUGAUAAUUGCAGCCGAUAUUAUCUAUGAUAACACACUAUUUGGUCCACUUAGUCAAACAAUUCAGACAUUUUUCGAUAAAUCAAAAAAUUGUAAACUUUACAUGGCAUGUACAGUACGAAAUGAAGACACCAUCAACGAGUUUCUUAGCAUUUUAGAUGUAAUGAAAUUUCAACGAAGCGAAGAAGAACCAGUGCCGCCCACACAUAUUUAUUACAACAAUACCACGCCAAUUAAAAUAUUUUCAUUUGUUAAAUAAAAUGAUUUUUUUAGAGUGAAA